UAAGGCAUUUCUCUUGUUUGCUACGUACAAACUACGAAUUAUUACAAAUAAAAAAUACAAUUUUUACUUCUAAAAUGAGUGAAAACAGUAAAUCCCUUCGCAUAGACUGGUUUGAUGGAACAGUUAUUGAAGAAACGAGACCUAAUACGUCACAAUUUUCUGAAGAAGAAUCGGCAGAACCUAAACUUUUGCCUAAAUUGCAUGAUAUAGAGAAAAAACCAAUAGGUUUUAAAAGAUUAAACGAUAUUUCAUUUUUAAAUCCACCACUUCUGAAUUUGGAACUGUCCAAUAGGCCCGGGUUCUGGCUACUUUUAAAUGUAGAAUUAAAAGGCGACUUUAUCGUGUUAUUAGUAAAAAUAUUCGGAUCUAUAUACAAGUCGUUGGAAACAAAUGAUAAGUCAAAAAUUGUUGUUUUACUAAGGAAUAAAUUUGAAAAGUCUGACUUUUUGGUCAAGUUAAAGGAAUAUUUGAAAGGAUUACCACAUGUCAGAAUAGUGGAUAAGCGAAUGAAUACUAAAUUAUGGGAUGAUGUUGAAUCAUUUUAUUUUUCUAUCAUUGAUUUUUGUAAAUCUUUAUUUUUAUUCGGUGGUCAUACCAGAGAAUACUUAAAAACAUUAUAUGAGGUGCUGGAAACAGCAGAGCUGAGUGCAAUUGGAGUCCAAGAAGAACAUAUGGAGCCAAUUAAUGAGAGUUUUUAUAAAAAAUUGCUUCAACUGAAAACUGCACUACAAGUAUCUAUUAAUGAAGAUCAAAAAGCUGAUAUUGAAGUUAAAAGCGAUGAUCCCAACAGUUUUAGGAAUCUAAAUAUUUUUCCAACGAAAGCCGAUUUACUUGGAAAUAAUAAUGUACAAAUUGUACCUAAUAUAAUUAAUGGUGCCUACACUAGUGUUGAGCAUUACUUGGACUUACAAUUUAAAUUGCUGAGAGAAGACUGCUUUGGAUCGCUCCGAGAGGGACUAUGUAAAUACAUGGAAAAUCCAAAGAAAAGACGACAUGAAAACAUUAGAGUGUAUCCAAAGGUGCGUGUGAUUCGAACAUAUGUUAGUAACAAUAAAGUCGGCUACCUUGUCGAUAUUGCUUGGAAUGAGCGCAUUAAUAAUGCAUCAGUUGAUUUUAAAAACUAUGCUUAUAAUAAACGACUGAUGUUCGGAUCAUUAUUACUGUUUACCAGCGACAACUUCCAAAACAUUCUAUGUGCUUCAGUACUAGAUUCGAGCAUUGAUUUACUGAGCUAUGGCUAUAUAGCAGUAUCCUUUGAAAGUCCAAUGUCUAAUAAUAUAUUCUCUGAAAAAUUCCUAAUGGUCGAGAGUGAGGUAUUCUUCGAACCUUACCAUAGAGUUCUUAAAGUGUUACAAAAUGCCAGCACAGACGAUAUGCCGAUGAAAAAGUAUAUAAUUGAUGUUCAGUGUGCAUUUUUAACAAAUUUCCAGAGAGAAACUAGGCCUCCUGCCUAUCUAACAUCCGACACAAUUUACAGCGUAGAAAAUGAUAAAUCCGAAGAAAUCUGUUUUCCAGUACUUGACAAAGACCAGUGGCCGUCGGAAAAAUCAUUUGGUCUAAAUGAAUCUCAAAUGGACGCUUACAAUUUUGCCCUUACACGAGAAUUCGCUGUGAUACAGGGUCCUCCUGGUACAGGAAAAACGUUCUUAGGGAUCAAAAUAGCUUCAACGCUUCUUAGGAAUGUAUCCUUAGAAGGGACGCCGAUGCUGUUAAUUUGCUACACGAAUCACGCCUUAGAUCAGUUCUUGGAAGGUAUACUUAAAGUUACAAAUAGUAUAGUCAGACUGGGAAGCCAGAGUAAAAGCAAAAUCUUAGAGCCAUACAAUUUAAAUAAUAUGAGGCUAAAAUUCAAAUCGAAAUACUCACAUCUAUACGCAAGUAAGAGAUCCGAAUUGGAGAGAAUAUAUAAAAAAAUGACAGAAUUACAGGGUGAUUUAGAGAAAUGUGAAAAAGAAAUCAUCAGUUAUAAAACAAUAAAACCUUAUUUGAAAAUUUCUGAAAAAUUACUGGAAUUAAAAAGUUCUAAUGAGGAUGCUGUACUGGAUUGGCUUUUUGGAAAUCUCAACGAAUCGGAUGAUUUAGAUGAUUGGGAAAAACAAUAUGAGGAUGUAACCGCAACAGAUAAAAUAGAAACAUGUUUUUCAGAAGAAUGGGCUCUAAAAGAAAUAAAUUCGAUGCAGAAUAGCAUUAAAUAUGUCAAGGAUAUGUCUGAAGAUUCAAACGGAGAAUCGAUGAUAAAAAAAUUCGAAUUGCAAAUCGAAAAACUUAAAAAUAGACUUAACUGUUUCAAGAAAUAUAUGGCAACUUACUAUUUAGAUAAAGAAAAAGUCAAGAUUCCAAACGUCACUGAUUUAUAUAAACUGUCAAAAGAUGAAAGAUGGCGACUGUACUUUGAUGCAGUGGAAGGGGUUAAAAAUGAUUUAAUGAUCAAACUUAAUGAUUUAAUGCGGCAGCACGGCGCGUGCGGCGCGGAGCUGCGCUCGGUGUCGGCGGCGGCGGACGGCGCGGUGUGCGGCGCGGCGCGGCUGGUGGCGCUCACCACCACGCUGGCCGCGCGCCGCCGCGAUCUGCUGCAGCAGCUGCGCGCGCCCAUUGUCAUCGUGGAAGAGGCUGCUGAAGUAAUGGAAGCUCAUAUUAUAGCGUCCCUGACGAAUAAAUGUCAACAUUUGAUACUUAUAGGUGACCAUAAACAACUGAGACCAACUGCAGCACAUUAUAUAUUAGCUAGAAAUUAUAACCUGGACAUUUCUCUGUUCGAACGUAUGAUACGAAAUAAAUUACACGCAAGGACAUUGACAGUACAAAGAAGGAUGCGACCACAUUUCGCUGAACUCUUGGUUCCAACGAUAUACGACAGAUUGGACAGUCACCCGAGUGUCCUGGAUUAUCCUAAAAUCAGAGGAAUGAGGGACAACCUAUAUUUCUUUAAUCAUGAGUAUUUAGAAGAAUCUGAGGGCUUAGAAGACAGUUGGAGUCAUAAAAAUACACGUGAAGCUGAAUGGUGUGUCUCGUUAGCUAAUUAUUUGCGUCGCAUGAUGUAUGGAUCGAAUGAAAUCACAAUCCUAGCAACUUAUACCGGACAAGCAACAAUCAUCAAGGAGAUAAGUAAGAAAUAUGCAACACUCCGUGACGUCAAAAUAACAGUCGUGGACAAUUACCAAGGGGAAGAAAACAAGAUCGUGAUAUUGUCUUUGGUCAGGAGCAACAAGGAUGGCAGUAUUGGGUUCCUGGCUGCACCUAAUAGGGUCUGUGUCGCUUUGUCUAGAGCGAAAGAAGGAUUCUACAUCUUUGGUAACAUGAAUGUGCUACAAGCGGCGAGUCCUAUAUGGCGAAGUAUUCGAGAUAAAUUAAAAGCGCAAAACGCCAUUGGAAAAGAAAUAGUCCUGCAAUGUGACAAACACACGGAUAAUACUUUCAAUAUGUACUCCGUAAAAGACUUGGACAAUUGUUUAAAAGGCGCAUGCUUCAGAAAUUGUAAAAAAUGAUAUUUAUAAUUUAAUAUUUCCCUCAUUCUUAUAUUGUCUAUGAAUAUUUUACUGUUAAAAGCUUUUGUUUAUAUAUAUUGCUAUUGUUAUAUAUCUUUUACGAAAACAAAUAAUGUUUUUACUGUCAUUUUAAUUUACUUUAUUAUUAAUAUUAUUUACUCACUCUUAAAUUUAGUAAUCGAUAAUAACUGGAUGUCUAUAUAAACAUAAUAAACAUAAAAACACCUACACAGAGCUCAUAAAUAUAUUUUUUGUA